AGGACGGGGGUGGCUGCCGCGGGCCCGGGGCGGGGACAGCACGCAGCCUCGCCGCGCGCACCUCCGCCCGGCAGCGGCCCCGACACCCGGGGCAAGCGGGAAAUCGGCGGCGGCGGGGGAAGGAUGCAGGGGAAGAAGCCGGGCGGCUCGUCGGGCGGCGGCCGGAGCGGCGAGCUGCAGGGGGACGAGGCGCAGAGGAACAAGAAGAAGAAAAAGAAGGUGUCCUGCUUCUCCAACAUCAAGAUCUUCCUCGUGUCCGAGUGCGCCCUGAUGCUGGCGCAGGGCACGGUGGGCGCCUACCUGGUGAGCGUCCUUACUACCCUGGAGCGGAGGUUCAACCUCCAGAGCGCCGACGUGGGCGUGAUCGCCAGCAGCUUCGAGAUCGGGAACCUGGCGCUCAUCCUCUUCGUGAGCUACUUCGGGGCGCGCGGGCACAGGCCGCGCCUCAUCGGCUGCGGAGGCAUCGUCAUGGCCCUGGGUGCGCUGCUGUCGGCGCUGCCUGAGUUCCUGACCCACCAGUACAAGUACGAGGCGGGCGAGAUCCGCUGGGGUGCCGAGGGCCGCGAUGUCUGCGCCGCCAACGGCUCGGGCGGGGACCAGGGGCCCGACCCGGACCUCAUCUGCCGCAGCCGGACCGCCACCAACAUGAUGUACUUGCUGCUCAUUGGGGCCCAGGUGCUCCUGGGCAUCGGUGCUACCCCCGUGCAGCCCCUGGGUGUCUCCUACAUCGACGACCACGUGCGGAGGAAGGACUCCUCGCUCUACAUAGGAAUCCUGUUCACGAUGCUGGUGUUUGGACCAGCCUGUGGAUUUAUCCUGGGCUCUUUCUGUACCAAAAUCUAUGUGGAUGCAGUCUUCAUUGACACAAGUAACCUGGACAUCACCCCGGACGACCCCCGCUGGAUCGGAGCCUGGUGGGGUGGGUUUCUGCUCUGCGGUGCCUUACUCUUCUUUUCUUCCGUCUGGAUGUUUGGGUUUCCACAGUCUCUGCCCCCGCACUCAGACCCCGCCCUGGAGAGCGAACAGGCCAUGCUCCCCGAAAGAGAAUACGAGAGACCCAAGCCCAGCAACGGGGUCCUGAGGCACCCCCUGGAGCCGGACAGCAGUGCCUCCUGUUUCCAGCAGCUGAGAGUGAUCCCGAAGGUCACAAAGCACCUGCUCUCAAACCCUGUGUUUACCUGUAUCAUCCUGGCCGCCUGCAUGGAGAUUGCAGUGGUGGCUGGCUUCGCUGCCUUCUUGGGGAAGUAUCUGGAGCAGCAAUUUAACCUCACCACCUCUUCUGCCAACCAGCUGCUCGGGAUGACUGCGAUCCCAUGUGCCUGUCUGGGCAUCUUCCUGGGCGGUCUCCUGGUGAAGAAACUCAGCCUGUCUGCCCUCGGGGCCAUUCGGAUGGCCAUGCUCGUCAACCUGGUGUCCACCGCUUGUUACGUCUCCUUCCUCUUCCUGGGCUGUGACACGGGCCCUGUGGCUGGGGUUACUGUUCCCUAUGGAAACACCUCAUCACCUGGCUCAGCCCUGGACCCCUACUCGUCCUGCAAUAAAAACUGUGAAUGCCAAACGGAUUCCUUCACUCCAGUGUGUGGAGCAGAUGGCAUCACCUACCUGUCUGCCUGCUUUGCUGGCUGCAACAGCACGAAUCUCACCAGCUGUGCGUGCCUCACGACCGUCCCGCCUGAGAAUGCGACUGUGGUCCAUGGAAAAUGCCCCAGUCCUGGCUGCCAAGAGGCCUUCCUCACCUUCCUGUGUGUGAUGUGUGUCUGCAGCAUGAUUGGGGCAAUGGCUCAGACUCCCUCGGUCAUUAUCCUUAUCAGGACAGUCAGCCCUGAACUCAAAUCCUACGCCCUGGGAGUUCUUUUUCUCCUCCUCCGUUUGUUGGGCUUCAUCCCCCCACCGCUUAUCUUUGGGGCCGGCAUCGACUCCACCUGCCUGUUCUGGAGCACAUUCUGUGGGGAGCAAGGCGCUUGCGUCCUCUACGACAACGUGGCCUACAGAUACCUGUACGUCAGCAUCGCCAUCGCGCUCAAGUCCUUUGCCUUCCUCCUCUACACCACCACGUGGCAGUGCCUGAGGAAAAACUAUAAACGAUACAUCAAAAACCACGAGGGCGGGCUGAGCACCAGUGAGUUCUUUGCCUCUACUCUGACCCUAGACAAUCUGGGGAGGGACCCUGUGCCCGCAAACCAGACACAUAGGACAAAAUUUAUCUAUAACCUUGAAGAUCAUGAGUGGUGUGAGAACAUGGAGUCUGUUUUAUAGUGACUGAAGGAGGGUUGAACUCUGUAUUAGUCAUCCAAGGGUCAUUUUUCCAAAAAAAAAAAAAAAAAAAGAAAAAAGUUUUAAAAAAAAAACAACUCAAUACACACAGAGACACACACACAUGUACACACAGCACCUUUGUCCUUUUUCUCAAAAUCAGAGCCAGACGGGAUUCAAAAUAAGCAGAGCGUGGGAUCACGUGGUUGACAUGCAACCUCCUGGGGCUCAGAGUCUACUAGUCUACUCUUUGAAGGCACCUCAUGGUUUUUCAGGAUGCCGACAGCUGCAAGCAACAGGCACUGCCAAAUUCAGGGAACAGUGGUGGCGAGCUUGGAGGACGGACCUUUCUGGAUAUAUAUACACAUACAAAACAAAUAUAUAUAUAUAUAUUAAAAGAAGUCUACUAAAAAACCCAAGUUGACAACAUUUGCCAGGAUAAGCACUAGUGACACACCCCAUGCCACCCUCCCCGCCCACACGGGGGUGGAGGGGCACCCAAGUCAGAGGAGUGGAGGCCCACUUCUCUAAUUUUUGCAAUAUGGGUCGCUGUGUAGACGACUCACCCAGUCUACACAUGUGGUUCAAGGCCCCAGAGUUCUCUCAGCGAUGCUAAAGGGUGAUCUGUGCUGGAGACUGUAAUUGACACCUCUCACCAGCUCCAUUUCCAUUUCUCAAGACUGAGGGCCCCAGGGGGAGCCGGACAUGGGGGACCAGCACCUCCCCUUCCCUACAGCAUCUCCCAUUGGGGUGCAUCCCCCAGCCCCGCAGAGUGACCUCAGGAAGCAGUGGGCCUCGCCUGGCUAUGACUGACUUCGCUCAGAGCCGGUGAAACCCAACCUAGUCCAAGUCAUUUGCUUACAUUUGCCAAACAUUUUGCCAUUUUUAAGGAAAAAAAAUGCAAUGCAUAUGAAUUUCAAACUGUUGGUAUGUAUAAUCCUCUGAUACUAUUUUUAACUACUUCUCAAAUCUGUGUUAACCCUUCAGUCACUAACACAGUUCUCUAGGCCGAAUUUAUUAAGCUGGUUGCUUUUACUUUUCUCCUUUUUUAAUGCACCAAAAAUAUAAUGUUAUUCAAGGGA